CCUCCCCCAAUAUAAGGCUUAUAGCCGUGAGUAGUGUAGUGGGAGUUGUGCUAAACUCUUGUAUCCUCUGUGCACAGGAGCCAAGCAUCUGCAAGAACGCCAUGACCGCCAGCAGCAUAGCUGAAAUUCUUCCUCAACAUUUUGGCUAUGUGAUCCUCACCUUUAUUUACAGCUAUGUUUUACUCAUGUACCUUGGGAUCAAAGUGGGCAAAGCAAGGAAGAAGUAUGGCAUCAAGUAUCCACAGAUGUAUUCAGACAAGGAGAAUGUUUUCAACUGCAUCCAGAGAGCACAUCAGAACACGCUGGAGUUGUACCCAGCUUGGAUUAUCUUCCAGUUGAUUGCAGGUCUUGCAUUUCCACUCUCCGCUUCUGUUCUUGGAGCAGUAUGGGUGACCAGUCGUUUUUCAUAUGCGCAUGGAUACUACACUGGAGACCCUGAGAAGAGACUGAAAGGAGCUUAUGGCUACAUUGGGCUGUUUGGUGGUAUCCUUCUGUCCCUGACCGCUGCCUUGCAGCUUCUCAAUGUGCUCUGAUGAUGAGGUUCUCAAUGAAUUCAAUCGCACUGAAAGAAGAAAUUCAUCUGUUGCAUUAUUUUACUAAACAAAUAAAAUGUUAGUAUAAAAAUAA